AUGACGGGAGCGAUAGUUUUAGUGACGAUUCUAUCGGUAUACACCUACGGCUCUUACGCUGCAACAUUCAACUGCACGGCUGGAACGUAUGGAAUCACUGAUGACAACUACAGACAAAUCUUCCUCGAUUUCCAUAACGAAAAGAGAAAAGAGUUGGCAACUAGGAAUGUUGUGAUCGAAGGAAAGCACCUUCCCCGCGCCAAAAACAUGUAUAAGAUGGAAUACAGUUGCGAACUCGAGAAGAUAGCUGAAGCAGCUGCAAGCAUGGAUUGUUCGUACGCGGCUCAAGUGAGAUACAAGGAUUAUGGUCAUUCAUUUGGAGACAGUUGCGAACUCGAGAAGAUAGCUGAAGCAGCUGCAAGCAUGGAUUGUUCGUACGCGGCUCAAGUGAAAUACAAAGAAUAUGGUCAUUCAUUUGGAGACAGGUUUAACUGCCCAAAAUAUCCGAAGUCAGUCUCUCAAAUUGUAUUACCAGAUCUCUUGAAGACGUGGUGGCAAGAAGGAAGAGACUUUGAUGGUGUAGAUCGGAGAUAUGACUCAUGGAAGACAAACGAUUUCAUUAAUGUUAUCAACGGACAAAACACCCAUGUAGGUUGUGCUUUGUAUAACCACAGCAGCGGCAUCAAAGUGUGGUGUGCAUAUGAAACGUAGGU